AUGGAGACGGGGAACGGGCCCGCCCUCCAGCCUCUGCUGUGCCUCGCCUGGCUCGCCGCCACGCUCCCCAUCCUCGCCGCCGCGCUCCCCAUCCCCGCGGCCGCCGGCGGCCGCUUUCUACACAGCCUCCUCGCGGCCUUCUCCUCCCGCGGCAAGACCGUCAGGCCGUCCUCCUCCUCCUCCUCUUCCUCCAAGGCGAAGUUCACAGUUCCACAGAAGUACUUCUUGCAUUUCUAUGUGGUGGGAGUGGCGGUGACAACAAGCUUGCUGCUUGCAAUAUGCUUCUAUGCAUAUAUGAAAAUGACACCGCUGUUGCCAGAGCCAUCGAGUUACUCCACAAUCGCUAGCCAUCUUAUUGGGUCAAAUUCGUUCUCUUUUGGGAGUGUCCUGUCGCGCACCAUGGAACACAAGUAUCGUGUCUGGCGGACUGUCUUUGUACUUCUAUUGAUGGAAAUUCAGGUGCUGAGACGCCUGUAUGAGACUGAAAAUGUGUUUCACUACAGCCCAUCAGCUCGGAUGCACAUUGUAGGAUAUCUGACGGGUCUAUUCUAUUACACGGCUGCACCAUUAUCUCUCGCUAGCUCUUGUCUUCCUGAAGCAAUAGAUUUUAUCCGAGGUCAAAUAGUUGAGUUCAUAGUAAAAGGUCGUGCAAGAAUGCCAGACCUAGUCAUUGAUUCACCCUCUCUCCUAAAGCCUCUUUUAAAGUUGGGGUGGUGCCAGUGGAUAGGUGCUAUUAUAUUCCUUUGGGGAUCCCUCCAUCAGAUCCGUUGUCAUGCAAUUCUUGGAUCGUUGCGCGAAAAUAAAGAUUCUGAUGAAUAUGUUAUUCCUUGCGAUGACUGGUUUAGUCGUGUGUCUUGCCCUCAUUACCUUGCUGAACUAGUUAUAUAUUUGGGCAUGUUGAUAGCUAGUGGCGGAUCAGACAUUUCAGUGUGGUUCCUGUUCAUUUUUGUGAUAACAAACUUGUCAUUUGCAGCAGUACAAACUCAUAGGUGGUACCUCCAAAAGUUUGAAGACUACCCCCGCUCUCGCUAUGCUAUCAUUCCAUUUGUAUUGUAA